CAUCACACACCUGCUGCUCUCAGCUCUACCCUCCAGCCUCUCACGCCUUCUUCAGCCUUCUCAUCUUCAGGAACCAUGUCGAGCAAAUCCACCAUCAGGACCCAAAGCAGCAGCCACCGUGGCUUCAGUGCCAGCUCAGCCAGAGUCCCUGGGGUCAGCCGCUCUGGCUUCAGCAGUGUCUCCGUGUGCCGCUCCAGGGGCAGUGGAGGCCUCGGUGGAGUGUGUGGAGGAGCUGGCUUUGGCAGCAGGAGCCUCUAUGGCCUGGGGGGCUCCAAGAGGAUUUCCAUCGGAGGUGGCAGCUGUGCCAUCAGUGGAGGAUAUGGUGGCAGAGUUGGAGGUGGCUUUGGCUUUGGAGGUGGAGCCGGGAGUGGAUUUGGUUUUGGCGGUGGAUCUGGUGGUGGCUUUGGGCUCGGUGGUGGAGCUGGCUUUGGUGGUGGCUAUGGGGGCGCUGGCUUCCCUGUGUGCCCCCCUGGAGGCAUCCAAGAGGUCACAAUCAACCAGAAUCUCCUCACUCCUCUGAACCUGCAAAUCGACCCCACCAUCCAGCGGGUGAGGACUGAGGAGCGGGAGCAGAUCAAGACCCUCAACAACAAGUUCGCCUCCUUCAUUGACAAGGUGCGCUUCCUGGAGCAGCAGAACAAGGUCCUGGACACCAAGUGGACCCUGCUGCAGGAGCAGGGCACCAAGACCGUGAGGCAGAACUUGGAGCCUUUGUUUGAGCAGUACAUCAACAACCUCAGGAGACAGCUGGACAGUAUCCUGGGGGAGAGAGGCCGCUUGGACUCAGAACUCAGAGGCAUGCAGGACAUGGUGGAGGACUUCAAGAACAAAUAUGAAGAUGAAAUCAACAAGCGCACCGCUGCGGAGAAUGAAUUUGUGACUCUGAAGAAGGAUGUGGAUGCUGCCUACAUGAACAAGGUUGAACUACAAGCCAAGGUAGAUGCUCUCAUGGAUGAGAUCAACUUCACCAGAGCCUUCUAUGAAGCCGAACUGGCUCAGAUGCAGACGCACAUCUCAGACACUUCUGUGGUCCUUUCCAUGGACAACAACCGUGACCUGGACCUGGAUAGCAUCAUUGCUGAAGUCAAGGCCCAAUAUGAGGAGAUUGCUCAGAGGAGCCGGACUGAGGCUGAAUCCUGGUACCAGACCAAGUUCUCUGAGGUCUCAUGGUCUCUGUGUUUCCUCAUUCCUAGGCUGAGUGGGGAAGGCGUUGGACCAGUCAACAUCUCUGUGGUGCAGUCCACCAUCUCCAGUGGUUAUGGCAGUGCUGGUGGUGUCGGCAGUGGCUUCGGCCUGGGCGGAGGCAGCGGCUACUCCUAUGGCAGUGGUCACAGCCUUGGAGGUGGCUUCAGUUCUGGCAGUGGCAGAGGCUUUGGAGGUGGCCUCAGCUCUGCUGGGGGCAGCAGUUCCACCAUCAAAUACAGCACCACCUCAUCCACCACCAGGAAGGGCUACAAGCACUGAAGUCCUCCCGUUGGCUCUUGUUCCUACAUUGUCUCAAGGCCCCCUCUGCAGCUGCAUGAUCCUCUCUUCAGGUUGCUUCUUCUCUCCUGUCUCAGAUUUCUCUUGUCCCCUGGGUUAAGCUGAAAUUGCCUAAUCCUCAUUUCCUCUCUCAAUUCCUGUUAGAUCUGAGCUUUCAUUACUCACCCUAAGAAGGUCAACAAUCAAUGUCAUGCAGACACGUAGACAUCUUUUUGAUGUUCCCAUAUUAUUAUCAGAUAUAUCAGUCUGCCAUAAUUCUGGUAAGAAAAUGAUGUAUGCCCCAUGAAAAUUGAAACUUGAUCUACAUCAUCUACAGAAUGGGGAACCUUGCCUUUGAUGUCUGACUUCCCUGCUCAUUAUAACUCCACACAGGAGUUGCCCUUAGAACAAAUAAGUUAUCUUCCCAUCAGUGUCCCUAGAUGGUAUUGACACAACACUCUCAUGUAUAGAGUUAUAUCCCUGCAAUAUUUUUCUCUGCUCUUUGCUUUCAAUUGUUGUGUUCAAUAAAGCAUAUUUCUAAUACAAAGA